AUGACCUCUGUGGCCGACUCUGUCAUCUUCAGGACCAUAUUCUCUACACCGGAGAGCGCACAGAUAUGGAAUGACAAGCGCAGAACGCAAUAUUACUUGAACUUCGAAGCUGCUUUGGCACGAGCGCAGGCACGCUUGGAAAUCAUACCAAAACAUGCAGCGCAAGCUAUAUCUGAAAGGUGUUCUCUGGAACUUAUCGAUUGGGUCAAGCUGGAGGAGCAGACGAAGCUUAUUGGCUACCCCGUCCUACCUGUGGUCAAGCAGUUAGUUACUUCCGUCAAUGAGAUUGAAGAUGGGCUAGGUGAAUGGGCUCACUGGGGCGCAACAACCCAGGACGUGACCGAUACUGCUACCGUCCUCCAACUUCGUGACACCAUGGAACUCGUCUCCGCUUCGCUCGAUCAAAUUACUUCCAGCUUGCGUGUUCUCUGCGCAAAAUACAGAUCCACCCCGAUGGCAGGGCGAUCGAAUCUGCAGCAAGCCGUCCCCAUUUCAUUUGGCUUCAAGCUUGCGAGGCUGCUCGCGACAUUCGAACGCCACCGUACGCGGCUGGCCGAGCUUCUUCCGCGACUGCUGGUACUGGACUUCUCUGGGGCCGCCGGUACGCUCGCUACAUUAAGCCCUUCGGGAGAAAGCGACAUCGCGCUGCGGUGCCAGCAUGAGGUCGCCGUUGAACUGGGCCUGGGUGUGCCGGAGAUCGCAUGGCACACGGAACGAGACCGCAUCGCCGAAUGCGGCGGGUUCUUUGCCCUUGUGACUGGGACCUGCGCCAAGUUCGCGACGGACCUCAAGCUCCUGAUGCAAAACGAGGUCGGCGAGGCCAGCGAGCCGUACGUCCCCCAUCGAGGCUCGUCGUCAACCAUGCCGCAGAAGAGGAAUCCUAUAUCAAGCGUGUACAUCACCGCUAUGGCGAGCACCGUCCGACAGCUAAGCGCUGCGUUGUAUGACGCUAUGGUGGAGGACCACGAACGCUCGACGGGACCAUGGGAAAUCGAAUGGAUCGUGUUGCCGCAGAUUUGCACUCUCGCCCAUGCUUGCCUCAUUCAAACGCGAGACGUCCUCGACGGCCUAGAGGUGCACGAGGAUGCGAUGCGGCGGAACCUGGAUCUCACUCGUGGCGCAAUCUGUAGCGAGGCUGUCAUGAUGGGAUUGGGCCCUUUUCUGGGAAGACAGGUCGCACACGAUCUUGUGUAUGACCUGUGUCAUCGAUCGGCCACCGAGGGGCGGCCGCUGUACGAGCUGCUUCUUGAAGACCAGAAGGUAUAUGUCAAUCAUCGGUUAUCCGCGGAGCAGCUUCAGAAGCUGUGCGAUCCUGGUCGUUACCUAGGUUCAUCGGAGAGAAUGGUAGACAGGGUAUUGAACGGUGGCAAGUUAGUUGCCUCGAUAUAA